CACAGUUUGGUCAGUAGUGAAGGGUGUUAUUCAAAAGGAUGGUCCCCUGGGAUUUUACCGUGGUCUGUCAAGCACUUUGCUGCGGGAAGUCCCAGGUUAUUUCUUCUUCUUCGGAGGGUAUGAACUGAGCCGGACAUUCUUCGCCUCUGGGAGAUCAAAAGAUGAAUUAGGUCCCAUUCCUUUGCUACUGAGCGGAGGUUUUGGAGGCAGCUGCCUGUGGAUUGCUGUGUAUCCCGUGGACUGUGUCAAAUCUAGAAUUCAGGUUCUUUCAAUGGCUGGAAAACAGACGGGCUUUAUGGGAACGUUUGUAACGGUUGUGAGAACCGAAGGUGUACUUGCCUUGUAUUCUGGACUAAAGCCAACUAUGAUCCGUGCGUUCCUGGCCAACGGCGCGCUGUUCCUUGCCUACGAGUACAGCCGGAAACUUAUGAUGAAACAAAUAGAUGCUUACUGA